AUGGAGGAGAAAGAAGAAAGCAUCAGCUUUUUUGACCAGAGGUUCCUCAGCUCAAAGUCUCUUGACACCACAAACAUCCUGGAGUACUUUUCUGGGUCUCCUUUCUACGACAAGUCCUGUAACAAUGAAAUACUCAAGAUGCAGACCCAGUUCAGAGGACUUGACCAGAAGUCCAAACUGUCCUCCAUGAUAGGGAUAUUCUAUGAGGUGGAAAGUAGUAACAAUGAAAGAACACUGUUUGUGAUCAGGAAAGCAUAUAAUCAUGGAGACACCACAGAGACAUUAGGAAUGUACUAUGUAAUCCACGGACACGUCUAUGCAGCACCUACAAACUAUUCGAUUUAUAGGUGUAGAAUGGGAGACUCGAUGUGGCUUUUGAACUCAUUCAUUGAAAAGAUGAUGGAGAAGAGAAGAUUUAAUCCAUUCAACCUGUCUAAAAGAAAGCAUUUUAGAAAGGGUUUAGAGGACAACAAGGAUCUAAGCUUUAUGAUGGAGAUUUUCAACGAUUUUAAAAAGGAGCAGAUGGAACCAUAA